AGUCGGAAAUAGCCAGACGCUCCAGAAAAUUUCAGCCACAAAAAUGGAUUUCAGCCAGGUUCUGGACAAGUGUGGAAACUAUGGGAGGUUUCAAGUGGUGAUCCUCUUGCUGUACGGCUAUACAAACAUUCUGGGCUCGCUGCACUACUUCUCGCAGACCCUCAUCACCUUUACACCAGAGCAUUGGUGCUCCCAUGUUGACCUCCAGGGUCUCAGUGUCAAGGAGCUUCGCUCAGUGUAUUCAAACAUUUCCGCCUCAUCCUGCACUCCUCUGCUGGGCGUGGUCAACGGCUUGGGCGUAGUGGCAGAGGGGCGCGAAUGCAAAGAUUGGAUUUUCAAAAGGGAGAGUGGCUAUGAAAGCAUCACCACCGAGCUCAAAUGGGUCUGUGACAAAUCCCACCAUCCAGCAGUUGGUCAAUCCUUUUUCUUCAUGGGAUCUGUGGUGGGCACCAUCACCUUUGGCUACCUAUCGGAUCAAAUAGGCCGUCUGCCCUCUCUGCUAAUGGCCACCUUGUUUGGUGCUACGGGUGACUUCAUCACCUCCUUUGUGCACACUCUUCCCUGGUUCGCCUUCUCCAGAUUUAUAUCGGGACUAUCCACGGAUACCAUGUACUACCUCAUGUAUAUCUUGGUCUUUGAGUACCUGAGCCCCAGGAGCCGAACCUUUGGCCUCAACAUCAUCCUGGCCAUAUUCUACUGCUUUGGACUAAUGACAUCGCCGUGGGCCGCCAUCUGGAUUGGCAACUGGCGUCGCUACCUCUGGCUGGCAUCUCUUCCAGCUCUGGGUGUCCUUAUCUACCCCCUCCUGAUCUGCGAAAGUGCCCAGUGGCUGCUGACCAAGAAGAAGUUCGAUGAGGCGGUGGCAUGUCUGAGAAAGGUGGCCAAGUUCAAUGGUCGCCAGGUGGAGGAGACUGUCUUCGAUGAGUUCGUGAAGUAUUAUCGCGAAAGAGGUCAACAAGAGCAUAAGCUAAAUGGCCAGGAGGACACUUUUCUCGCCAUGUUGAGGACCCCUCGUCUGCGCCGAUUUACUUUGACUUUGCUGCUCAAGUCAGUCAUUAUAACGCUCUCUUGUGAUGUGAUCAAUCGCAAUAUGGAGGGCCUGGGCACCUCGCCCUUCAAGCUCUUCUCCUUCACCUCGAUCGUCUAUCUGCCCGCGGGAGUGGCCAUCCUCCUGCUGCAGAACAAGAUCGGGCGCAAGGGAAUGGCCUGCUCCGCCCUCUUUGUGGGUGGACUCAUCACCACGACGACAGGCUUUCUGAUUGCCCACUUGGAUCCCACGGAAAACGCCCUGCUGCUGGCCAUCAUGGUGGGUCUGGGCCGCUUUGGGGCCACAGUCUCCUACGAUGCGGAGAUCCAAUAUGCGGCGGAGAUCAUCCCGACCAGUGUGAGGGGCCAGGCGGUGUCCAACAUCCAUGUGGUGGGCCUGGCCUCCAGCUCUCUGGCCUUCUAUGUGAUCUACCUGGCCCAGUACUACAAGCCCCUCCCCUCGAUCUUCAUCAGCUGCCUUAUGUUCUUCGGCGCCGGACUUUGCCUUACCUUACCGGAGACCCUGAACAAAAAGCUGCCCGAAACCUUGGCGGAUGGGGAGAACUUUGCCUUAAACGAGAGUUUCCUCUACUUUCCUUGCUUUCAUAGAAAGGAAGAGAAUACUAAGGAUCAAUGUGUAUAACUCGAAAAAGAAGGAAUUUAUUUUAUAGAAAUCAUUGUACAUGGCACAUUGUCAUCUGAUAAAAUAGCCUGCCCGAAGACUGAUUAAAUGUACUUUCGAAAUAUUAGUCUAAUACCAUUCGAACAAAGGGUAGUCUGUACAGGCAGAAGAAUGAAUUUCGACCCUUAAACAAGUAGAAUAGCACAGUGAGGACUAAGGCUAACAAUUUUCAAACGAUAAUUGUACCUUACACAUUGACAUCUAACAAAAUUAUACAAAAGACCACUGAUUACAGAUGUCAACGCCAAUAUCACGCUCAUUGAAUAAUCACUACAUUCAUAAAGGGUUCAAGCUUAAAAUACCUAAAAUCUGUGAGUCUAAAGUAUAUAAAAAGGCUUUUGUUUGUAAUUUUUUAAGGUACUACUUUUUAAUUAGUCCCAUAGAUACACUGCAGCCAAUUUAAAAUGACCAUUUUGUAAAGAUAUCAAACAUCACACUAAAGGCCUAUCUGCUCACAAUUUAAUACCAAUGUCUGAUUUGACGUCACAAAUUAAAUCGCGGCUGUAAUAACUGUAAAUAAGCAGCAUUGCAUGUUUGCAAUCAGCGACCCCAGAAAUCUAUAUUUAUCUCCUCAUCAUAGUAGUCAGCAAUAACAAAGGCCUAUUUGUUCCCAGUGAAAUAAGGAGUAUGACCUUCUGUUUUAAAUAAAAUAUGUGUCCUAUAAAACAUACUAAGCAAGAGAAAUGUGAUGGAGCAGUAUA